UGCGGACACUUCAUAUAGAUUGGCAGAAGCGCGUAGAUUACACCGAUAUAUAAAGCAGAUUGACCCCAGAGAACCAAGACAUGGCAUGUUGAACGGCGAUGGUAGGGCAGAUAUUGCUACCUGACCCGGCUUCAGAUGAAGCCGCCAUGAGUGCCCACGUUGACCAGCCUGCGUGCGUCACUCAGAACAAGCUCAUCAGACUUGCAGUCAGAAUGCACUCACGGGGGGCGACUGGGCUGAGACUGGAACCGAGAAUACCAAGUAUCCAGGGAAGCCGGCGUUCCCCCGACAGCGGCACCGCCGAAAGAACCAAAGUCCAGGCCCAGGUCGAUCCCUUGCUGACCCGGGUAUGACGCAGAACUGUGCAGUCCCGGGUGGAUCCUGAGCGACGUCAGGGGAUCAUCAUCGCCCGAGCCCUGCGACGAGCCUUCGCUCAUCGGCGACAGAGCAGCGUCGAAGAGCCCCGGGUAGUCCGCGAGCACGUCUGCAUUCGGGCUGAGUGACGCGAGCAGGUCCAUGUCGUGGAUGAGAGUAUCCAUCAGCUGGAGGGGUACUAGUCAGACACCCGAUCCAUGUCCAAGCGAGCCAACACGUACGGGUUGAUGUGCGAAUGCCGCUGCUUGAAUCUGUGGAGAAACGCCCCACGCGACAUCAGCCGAUCGUGGCGAAUGCGCAUACGGGGCUGGAGAUUGCGACGACCGACGAGUGUGGCUCGUGCGCACACUGCUGAUCGAGCGCGAACUGAUUCUCCUCCGAGGACGACUGAGGUUCCUGUCCCGAUACGGCACACGCCCAUGUCGCUCGUCCAAGUCGUCCGAGUCCUCCAGCGUCGUGCCCGGGGGGAAGAUGCUGAACACCUCCUGCUCGACGAACAGGACCUGCUGCGCCUCCGGAUUCAGCGCUAUCGGAAGGCUGGUAGGGAUCGGCGGCGAGUCCGACCGUGGCACGGCCGCUUCGCCCUCGAUCAGAGCCGUGUCGGUCUCCGCGGGCGAGUUUGGCGAGGAGGAUGCCAGCUGUGCGCGCAGCGCCUGCACCUCCUUGACGAGCGCAUCCUGCGACGCGAGCAGACCGCGGAUCUGCGCGGCGGCCGCGAGCCGCUGCGUGCGCUGUUUGCGGGUGUGCGCAAUAGCCUCCGUCAAAAUGAGCGAUUUUGUCAAGCGGUGCGUGUGUGACAGGGUGGGCAAGAUCCGGGCCAGGUCCUGGCGCAGGCGCUUCUCGCUCUCGCCUCCGCCGUAUUUCGGCUUCCACCUCCGCGUCCACGUCGUACCCAAACUCCUCGUGCUCGUCGACCACACCGAGUCCCAGGGGCAUCGCGCCAGGCACGCAGUGCGGCGACCUGGACCGCAGUCGUUCGCGGAACGGGUCGUCGUUCGUGGGCGUAGCAGUCAUGUCUCUCCGUGUAAUGCAAGGUCAAGAAACUGUGCAACGGGAUUGCAAUCGUUAGAAAUUGAACGUGGAGGCGGGGAAGGAUUAUGGGGUAUACACAUGCGAAUUCUUUUAUCCCCCGGGGUUCCACUCAAUUUCAGCCGAUCAGGGGAUGAAGGAACAUCCGGGUUCCGCUUAUCUGAAAUUCUGAAUCACAUUUUGAAGGCUGCCUGACUCGCAGGUGGACAGCACCGGCAGUCACGUUCCAGCAUAAAGCCCAGAGCUAUAGCUGUCGGUGCUGAAGGCCUUCCGCAUAGAGACAGACAGGGUCGACAGUCGAAGUUACGGAAGAUCCGUGACGACGAAACCCUAACCUGUGGCGAAGCACACAUUGUGGCGAUGACUUUUCGCCUACCGCAGCAUCGCUCCCGACGACCACCUCGUCGGGUAUGAGCCUCCCUAGCUAUGCUGAGCAGUCGGGCCGCAAGAAGACGCGUUUCGUGGUUCAGAGCUCGGAUGUGCUCGCAGAGCUAAAGGUGAACGUCAUGGCAGAGAACUCUACGCGGGUUAUCUGGUUCAAGGAAAGGUUUCUCGAGGAGGAGGAGAUUAUUGAGCAUUUCAUCCAUAACGAGACGCGAAGAAUAUGCUGGACGAUGCACCGUCCGCGGUCAGGGUGGUAUAUCAGGAUCAGAUCACCUACUUUCCCGCCUGGCGCGUUCAUACCUCUAACACCUCCACCAGCGAACACCUCUCACCCCACCGGAUCUCUCCUAUUCUCUUCACGCACGAAUAUACCCCCCACCGUGGACCUCGAACCGCGCGCGAGCACCUCCUCGACCGCAGAUGCCCAUUCCUAUCCCCCGACACCCCCCGUCCCGCCCGGCCCCUCGAUAACCGUCCAGCCGCCGAGCCCAGCCGCCGUCCAAGCACGGCUCGAGCAAGCGACGGCGCCGCGCGGGGCGCCCAGCACCCAAACGCAAGUGACGCCGUUCAUCCUCUCCCCGCACGCGCUGGAUGCCGCGAAGCCGGAGCAGAUGACGUUCUUCCAGCGCGCCGUGUCCGCGAUCAAGAGCCAGAGCGCGGGGCCGUCGUACUCGUUCGUGCUGUCCCGCAUCCCGCCGCCCCCUCCCCCUCCCCUGCGAUCGACUCCGGCAGCGACGGCCUCGCCGACAGAGUCCACGAUCGCCCUGGCAACGCCGCUAGCUCCCGAGUCGUCUCGGCCCAGCGCCCCGAUCGCACCGGUGGUGACCUUCCACGACCGCACGCCGAUCAUGACGGUCAACCAGCUGACGGGGCUGCUCGAGCUCGAUCAAGCGGAGGAGCAGGCUCUGGGCGUCGACUCGACCUUUUGGAUCGCGGUGGCUCUGACGUACCUGGAGUUCCUGCAGGAACGCGAGAGUUAUCUGGCGGCCUUGUCUGACUGACAGACUGACUGACUGACAUGUCUGGAGAGCAGUUCUACGUAUUGUAUGAUUUAGCCCGGUGCGAAUAUAUUUAUGCAUAACAGCAGGAAUUGUGCACACCCCCUCUAGCGCUGCCUCCUAGCUUGUACACAUUCCGUUGAUAAACACCCGCCGCCUCCUGUCCGCCCGUCCUGCUUCUCGACCCCCCAUCCCCAUCCCAUGUCCAGGUUCAGCGCUGCUCCCAGCGUCGCCGAGGAGGACAGCGGCUUCAAGCUGGAAGCGGUGUCGUCCCUCGAUGGCCGGCACUCGCGCAUGGAUAUUGUGGACUCGGGAGUCGACCCAGUUUCAGUUUCUCCGGUAUCAGUUAUACCGCCGGCAUCAGCUACAACGGGGGGCAGCGGGCUCCCCUUCUUUGACCCUCUCAGUGACGAGGAUGUGUUUGACGUGUUUGAUCUCGAACUGGUGCUCGGGCCCGGCGGCAAGGACACGGAGAUCGACGCGCGGUACCGCAGCAGCGACUCGUCGAGCGGCCGGCCGACGUACAGGAUACAGAAGAAGAUGAAGGCGCAUUUUCUGGGCAAGAAAAACAUGUCGGUCGAGGUCUUGCGCUCUCAGGGGUGGGAUGCGAUGAGUGCCAUGCCGACUCCCAAUGCGGCGUCGAAAGGCUACAUCACCGCCUUUGUCGCGAAGGACCAGCCAUCGCGCUGCGUCACGCUAACAGCUGCGAACUCGAUCCUUUCGAAAUCGACCAUCGGGAACAGCCUGGCCGUCUCCAGCGCCUGUGGCCUGCACGAUCCGUCCCGCCUCCUCAAGCGAGACACACCUGCGCACCAUUUCUUCCUCCUCAAGCUCAACCACAUGGGCAUGCCCGAUAAAUUUCCCAGUAAAGGGGGACCGAAGAGGAAGGGACCCGCCCCGCCUUCCCCGGCCGCCCCGUCUGUCGCAUAUGAAGGCGGCGGAUACUUUGUGCUCGAAUGCGCGCCUCCAGACCGCGGCGAGGUGCUCUCCACUCUUUACUGCACGGGCUACGACCAGCGGCCUCGGGCGCGCAAGGGCGACAUCGCAGUGGCGGAGCUGCGUGUCCGGCCCGUCGUCCCGGGCCCGGGCCCGGGCUCGGCCCUCCCGCCGUGGGCGCGCUUCUUCAAAGAGCGGCACGUCGCACUGCACAUCUCGCGCCGCGGGCUCGACGCGUGCAUGACGGGGCCGCAGGUGAACAUGGUCCUCCCGGGAGUCGCCGCGGGGCGCUGUGCGGUGCUGUCGCGCGGCCAGGCGAUGGAGGUCGUGUUGUCGACUGUGUGUACGGCGCUGCUCGCGAUUGAGCAGGAGGGCUUCGAGAGCAAGCGCUGGGCAUGGCUUGCUCCGCGUCCGAUCGCUGCUGGGAGCCUCAAUACCCCCAAACUCGCGCCCUCGCUGCUGGUGCUACCAUCGCAUCCCGAAGACAACCCUGGCCUCGCCUCCCCGGACGGCUCAGGUUCCACGACAGCCGCGCCGUCGGAAGAGUUCGACCGGACCCCAGGCCCGGGGACGGCUUUUCCGAUGCCCAUACCCAGCCACACCCCAUACAGCUCCGAGACGCGCAGCUUCGCAGACGCGACGAGCAUCGCCGCAUCCUCUGCCAGCGGUGGCCCCGGGGGCAACGCGCACGGCAUCGAACUGGACGACUGGAUGUCGGCCCCGGCCGACGAGCCGCCCGCCGCUCCGCCGGUUAUGCAGUCGCGCAAGAACAGCCUCAUCGGCGCUGCGCCGCCGGAUGUGCAUCAUCUCAAGGGGGCCAGCUGGUCGCAAAAGAUCCAGAAACGGCAGAGCACGUUGUCCGCUUUGCGCAAGGAGUCGUCCGUUAAUGUGACCUCGCCUCUGCCAGCCGAACCGCAGCGCGGUAUUCCCUGGCCUGAGGACAAGGAGUCGGAGGAAUACAUGUUCGCCUAA